AUGGCCGCUAUUGCUCCUAUCACCGGUAUGCUGCGCCGGAAUCUUGUGCUCGAUCUGAGCACUGCUUUCGGCUUCGGAACCACCUUCGGCUACCUCUGGUGGUACGGCUACCACCUGCCCCGCGUCCGCGCCCGUGACAACUUCUACAACGCCCUGGAGGCCCAGCGUCUUGAGGCUGCCAAGGCUUAA